ACAGCCAUGACUGGUAGCUCGGCCAUCGGUCUGUUGAUUGAAGCACCAAACCGCCAAUAAUAGCAGCUGAAGGUCAUCCUAAUUCCUUCAAAUCUGAACAUGCAAACCCUAACAGAAAUUUCCUGAUCUUUAAACUCAACUCCUUUCCGUCCAACUCUUCUGGAUGCAAGUUUCUCGACUCGCUGACGAGUUCUACUAAUUUUCUGUACUUCGCCAUUCAACGAUCGCGUAUGUUCUUAUGAAACCUUUCGAAAACGGAAUGCUGACGGGUCAUGCAAUCGGUUUACGGGAACAUAGUUCAUCGAAUCAGCUCCUACUUGCAGAUCCUGUAGCUGAUUUUGAUGAUGAAGAAGCAGAAAUUCCUGGGAGGAUUUUGUACAGAGCUUCGUUUGAGGAACUGGCGGAAAGCCACAUGCAGUAUGACACGGUAAUAUGGAUCCUUAUAGCGCUACUUCUUGUUUUAGCCUGGGGAGUUGGAAUUAUUAUGCUUCUGUACCUGCCUGUUCGAAGAUAUGUACUUCAAAAGGAUAUUUUCUCAAGGAAGUUGUAUGUUACACCUGACGAGAUAGUUUAUAAGGUUUCAAGACCUUCAUUUUUGCCGUUUUGGGGAGUUAUAAAGAUUGAGAAGCACAUACCUCUUGCCCUGGUGAUUGACAUCAUUAUUGAGCAAGGUACACGGCAAGACAUUUGUGGUUGUUUGCAAUCAGUAUAUGGAAUCCAUACACUUAGAGUUGAGCACAUAACCCAUGGAAAAGCUGCCCCUGUGGAUCAACUACAGGUUCAAGGAGUAUCUAACCCAGGACUUCUGAGGAAGAUCAUUAUCACUGAAGCUGCAAAGAUUAUACAAGAAGUUAGUAUAAGCUUGAAGACUAGUCACAUUGGUGAAGGGGCAAGUACACCAGUUCGUAUGGCAUCUUUGUCUGAGACACAACCAGUUGGUAGAUCACCAUCUAAAAGUUGGAAGGUGACAGGUUCACUACAGCGUGCCUUACAGGAGACUAGAACUGCAGUGCCUAGUGAUUUGUUGCUACAUAGACUUGAAGAAGUUAAGCAAUCAGUUAAGAGAAUUGAAUCAAUUAUUGAGAAGUCACAAGUUUUGCCCGAAGGCAACUGAACUAACAUGCUCUCUCGUCCACCUUACCAAUACUCCCUGUAAAGUUCUCAGAGUUUUGUUUGCCAACAAAAGAUAAAAUGCAUUGCAUAAUUGGUCUGUAACUAUUGUUUUUUUUUUUUUUUUUGGUUCUAAAUAACUAUUGGAUUUUGGAAGAGGUUAUGUAUAUGAUAUCUUCUCCGGUUUGCAUGCUUUAACACUUAUAUUCAAGGUGACCGUCGGUGCAGAUUUUCAGUA